AACAUAAAAAUGAUCAGCUGGGUUCAUAGCAUCAGAUAUAAACAGGUUUAGUUUGUUUACAUUGGUAGAACAUGCUUACCCGUAAAUUAAUUUUUUCAUUGAUAUCUUCGAAUUUUCAUUCUUUUGAGGCCUCAUCUUCGAUCCAACCAAUUAGACUUCUUAGUAGAAUGGCGGAAAAUGCCCAUCUUAAAGGUAGAAAAUUAAUUGCUGUUUGUCAGCUUAACUGUAAAGCUAACAAAGAGGAAAACUAUAAUGUGAGUGAAAAGUUAAUUCAAGAAGCUUCAUCAAAUGGCUGUUCAAUGGCAUUUCUACCUGAAUGUUUUGAUAUGAUCAAUGAGACAAGGAAGGACACUUUAGCCAAAUUGGAGCCGCUUGAUGGUCCAUUGAUCACUAAAUAUCGAGAUUUAGCUAAAUCUUGCAAUAUUUGGCUUUCUCUUGGUGGUUUGCAUGAAAAGCGAGAACACAAUGAGGAUGGUAAAGCAUCCAAUGCUCACAUUGUUAUCAAUAGCUCUGGAGAAAUCGUCUCAGUUUAUCGUAAAACUCACCUUUUCAACCUUGAUAUUCCCGGUGUCGUUCAUCUGGUUGAAUCUGAAUUUUCAGUUGCUGGUGAUAAGAUAGUCCCACCUGUUCAAACUCCUGUUGGUAAACUUGGUCUUGGUAUUUGUUACGAUGUGAGGUUCCCUGAGCUUGCAAUAUCUCUGGCAAAAGCUGGAGCCGAUAUCUUAUCCUAUCCUUCAUCAUUUACAGUGCCUACAGGAUCAGCUCAUUGGGAAACACUUCUUCGUUGUCGUGCCAUAGAGAAUCAAUGUUAUGUAGUAGCAGCAGCUCAAACGGGAUUCCAUAAUAGCAAACGAUCUUCAUGGGGCCAUUCCAUGGUAGUUGACCCUUGGGGUAGCAUAAUUGCUCAAGUGGGUGAAGAAGUGGGUUUAGCAAUAGCUAUAAUUGACCCUGAGCUUCAACGUAAAGUUCGAGCCAAGUUACCCGUUUGGACUGAUCGAAGAAGCGACCUGUAUGGUGAAGUAAUUACUCCUAUAGAAAAUUGUGAUCCUGAUGCUGAAUCUGAAUAUAAUUUUGGACCUGUUAAAAUUCACCCAAGCCAAGUUUUUUAUCGUACUCAACAUUCUUAUGCAUUUGUAAACCAUAGACCUUUCCUUCCAGGACAUUCGUUGGUCGCUCCUUUAAGGGCUGGUGCUGUUCGUGUAACUGACCUAACCUCAGCUGAAAUAACUGAUUUCUUUACUUGUAUUCAAAAAGUUCAAAAAGCCUUGGAAACCGAGUAUUCAGCAACUUCAUCAUCAAUUGCUAUUCAAGACGGACCUGAUGCUGGACGCUCAGUUGAACAUCUUCAUGCUCAUGUUGUGGCAAGAAAACCUAACGAUUUUGAAGCCGAUUUCAUUUUUGCAUUAGCAACUCACGAUAAAAGUGAUAAACCAAUAAGAAGUGCAUCUGACAUGAAAGCUGAAAGCGAUCGAAUGCGUAAAUAUUUUUAUCAUUAGUGGUCUAAUGAAAACUUAGUGAAUCCUUUAAUCCUUUUAAUCGUCACCAUGGGACUGUUAUGAUUUGUUUAUUAUGUCUUUAUUGUUUAAUUGUUAUCAUAUUAUUGAUAAUUUUGUUGGCCAACAAUAUUUUUUACGCUUAUUUGAAAGCGAUUUAAUGAGAUGAAAAGCUUUCACUGGAAUAGAUUCAGAAUUAAAUUGAAACUUGAUUCAAACACAUUUUACCUUUGCUUAACAAAAGGAUUCAAAAAAACCCAACAACAAUGUGUUAAUAAAUCACCGGAUAUGUCCAAUCAGGACAUGAUGAUUAAAUAUUGAGAGUUAAGUAAAUAAAAUUGCAUUUAGUACAAAUGUAA